AUGUUAUUUUAUUCAACUAUUCGACGGCGAUGGUAUUCAUUUUAUUAUUCAACAUAUUUUAAAUCUCAACGAACAAUUUUAUCUUUUGGAACUAUUUUACUAAUUUGUCUAUUCAUUAUAUUGAAAAAGAAAAAUAAUUGUUGGAAUGAUUAUUAUCGUUCUCGUUUAUUUUGUUUUGUAUUAACAAGUCAAUCCAAUUUAGAAAAUCGUUCACGUGCUGUUUAUGAAACAUGGGUUCAUCGAUGUGGUCGAUUUGUAUUUAUUACAAGAUUAAAUUCAUCAACAUCUUAUACUAUUUAUGAUAAUCAAUAUAAAUAUUUAAAAGAAGAUCAAUUACCAAUUCAAUAUAUUCCAACUUUACCAGAUGAAAAUUAUUCACAUUUAUCAGAUAAAGUCAGAUCAACGCUUUUAUUUUUAAAUAAAUAUUAUCCAAAUUAUGAUUGGUAUCUUAAAGUAAAUGAUGAUACUUAUAUUAUUGUAGAAAAUCUUCUUAGAUUUUUAGUUAGUACAAUUAAACGACGUCCAAAACCUGUUUUAUAUGGUUAUAGAUUUCGUGAAGAUUAUUAUGUAAAUGGUGGUGGUGGAUAUGUAUUAACACGUAAAGGACUUAAUCUAUUUGGUUCAUAUAUAAAUAAUGAUUCCAGAUAUUUUGAAUGUAAAUCUCCAAUGGAAGAUAUAAUGGUUGGAUCAUGUUGUAAAAGAAUUUUUGAAAUAGCACCAAAAGAUGAAACAAAAGAUUUAAUAACUGUUGGUGAAACAAUUGAUGAUGAAGGAAGAGAAAGAUUUCAUCCACAACCAUUUCGUGUACAUUUUAAUGGACUCCCAAAUAAAAUUGCAAGAUAUUGGAUUUAUGAUAAAGCAUUUCAUCAUAAUUUAUUUGGUUAUGAAUCAAUAAGUGAAACAGCAAUUAGUUUUCAUUAUACUCAACCUGAAGAUAUGUAUCAAAUGGAUUCAUUACUUUAUCAUAUUCGACAAUUUGAUAAAGAAGUUUGUCCUUCACAUUCAUAA